AUGGCAGAGCUCCAUCAUUUCUCCCAUGAAUGUCCGUUGACUUCGCCGAAGAUGGUCGCAGACGGAAUUUGCAGCAUUUGCUUCAAAGAUGAGAUGGUCGAGUUGGCAUGUAGCCCUUGCAAUUUCAAUCUCUGUAAAGCUUGCUUUGAACUGCCGCAGAUGGUGUCACACGAUUUCCAUCCCGAUCAUCCUCUGGAGUUUUGUCUACACCAAUAUGAUCAGAAACCGGGACACAUCGUCUGCUCCGGGUGUGGGAACAUGUCUUCUUGCUCCUUCUAUAAGUGUCAAGAUUGUGAGAUCUAUUUGGAUCUUGAUUGUGCACUCCAAGGGAACAUCUUCAGAAGCUGGGAUGCCAAAAAAUUGCUCCACGAUAGUCAUUGCCACUUGCUUAGAAGGUGUAGACCAGGACCAGAUGCUAAAGGCUUUUGCCUUUUGUGUGAGCUUUCUCUAUCUCCAUCUACCAUAUGCUAUGGUUGCGUUUAUUGUUACUCAUUUGUUCACGAGCGUUGCAUUGAUCUUCCCCGGGAGAUUCAACAUCCUGUGCAUCCCGCACACCCUCUCAAACGUCUUGAUUACACACGAAAGUCUCGGUGUGAUGUAUGCGGGAAAGCUAUCGCUAGUGUCCCAUUUGGUUGCCAAGAAUGUGAUUUUGAUGUUCAUUUUAGGUGUUUGGAUUCCGUGUUGCGAAGUCUGAUGCACAAGUCUCAUCAGCACAAAUUGAUUUAUAGAACCAAUGCUCGCGGGUAUUUCACCGAAGAAAAUCCAUGUCAAAUAUGCAUGAGAGGUAGUGUCAUAUUUCUUGACUCUUUCUUUUACUGCAUGGAAUGUGGCUUGAUUUUUCAUCUCGAGUGUCUUGACAUACCUGAGUAUGUGGUCAAGAAAUCACAUCACAUUCAUCCUCUUGUGUGCAAACUACUCCCAAUUGACAACGAUUUUUUGGAGUAUUGUGGUGUUUGCGAGACAAUGGUGUAUACUGGACAUCAUGCUUAUUCAUGUGAAGAAUGUGAUUUUCUAGGCCACAUUGAAUGCAUUCUACGUGAGGAAGCGCCUUCCCCGUUAUAUGUGAAAGAUUUGUAUUCUUUCAACAAAGAAAACAUGAGAGCAAUAGAUCAGGGAGAGCAUGAAACCAAUGACAUCGAAACCAAACUUACGGUUGAUAAUAUGAAUGGGCAUAUUCAUGUGAUGAAAUUCAUCGAUUUGUGGGAGCUUGAUGACAGAAAAAAAUGCAACAUAUGUGGGAAAAAAAUACAUGGUAAUCCAUGUAAAUGCGAGACAUGCAGCUUCCAGACGCAUAAUUUCUGCGCAGAGCUAGGGCGACCAUUAAAGCAUCGAGUUCAUCGGAAACAUGCUUUGUUACUCUUGCCAAAACCCCCUGCACCUGCAGAAGUUACUAUGAAGUGUGACAUUUGCACAUAUGAUAUAAAAGAGUUUAAUCUCUUCUGUCGUAUAUGCAAUUUUAUCAUCCAUACCACUUGCAUCUAUAAAGGUAAACAUAUGUUUGUGGAGUCACAAAGGGGGCAGAAAAUCAUUGGAAGCUCGAGAGAACGAUGCAUUCAAAAUAAACAUUUCUUGGUUAAAGUUAUGGUCUCGACUUCUUAUGUGAUGGCUUGCGCGAUUUGUGAUGAAAGGGUGAGUGGAAAAGUUCUAUCAUGUAUGAAGUGUGGAGACAUAUAUCAUCCUCUGUGUACUGAAGUUGGGAGACAAAGAAUAUAUAGUCAUCCACUUCAUCCUCAUCACGGCCUUGGAAUUUCCCUGGUUAGUGGAUCCAAGUGCAUUGCAUGCCAGCUGAAUAUAACAAAGUAUGGGUGUCAUUGCUCCAUUUGUGAAAUCAGUUUCCAUAUGAGAUGCAUUAAAGCGGUGAGAUUACCAAAAAAUAUCAAGUCUCACCGUCAUUGUUUCUACAACUUUUGGAUCUCUGACUCGAGGAGGGUCACUCGAACAUGCCGUGUGUGCGCUAAACCAUGUGGUGUCUCGUUCUACAGUUGUAUUGAUUGUGACUUCAACGCCCAUGCAGAAUGCAUUGGCUUUCCAUCCAACGUGAAGAACCAACAACAUCAGCAUACUCUCGCGCAAGAUCAUCGGGUUUUCGGGGGUACUUGUUCUCUAUGUGGAUCAAGAUUUUCUAAGGAUAUCUAUUCCUGCAAACACUGCAUGGACGAGUUUCACUUUAAAUGCAUAAUGUCUACGGAUGACCGUGAUGCGGCAACAGAAGAGAAACAACUCGGAGACAUCUAUCUUAUGUACAUCGAGCGUGAUCUCCUCCACUUGUUAGAAAACAGGGGCGGCAUGGAUAGUGAUGACGUGAUCGAAGACAGUGAUUCAUCUUAUGAUUUCCCCUCUACGAACUAA